GGUCUGGAAGUCAAACCCGAGCACGAUGGUCUCAUCAAAGACCAGCCUGGGCUGGAGCUUGCAAAUAACCAGCCGUACGAUCACUCCUCCCAUAACGUUGUCCAACCUCCUAUACAUCCAAAGCAGCGUAACUCAAGACUCCGGUGGCCUAUCGCUCUCAUGGUCACUAUCCUCAUAGCUGGAGUCGCAGCAGGGCUAGGUGGCAGCCUUACAGUGCGCAAUGCAAAAAGCUCAUGUCCCAAGUUUGAGCCUACUCCUACUGAUAACCCAAUCACCACCACUCCGACUGGUGUUAUGUCCUCGAUCCUUUCACUCUCGCCAACUAGUGAUAUCUUCUGGCAGGCAGCUGCGAAGACAGGUGUAUCAAUACCAUCUACUGCAGACUUCCGAUACAGCGCGAUCGGUGGUGCAUACUUCAACGCAUUCUACAAUAAGGACUCGCCGAACUCUGAUGCUAUGGGGCUAUUAGCAGAGACUUUCGAGAUGUAUCUUGAAGCGUGUGCGAAUCUCGAGUAUUACAUACCUAACUCCACGUGUCAAGGAGCAGCAUGGGUCGCAAGAUGGAGGAUGGUCGUAUAAGUAAUGAGACUGCUGACAGAGAUCCGCGAAAGAGGUUCGCAGAAAAUUGCUUCAUGAAGACGUUCG